AUGGAAUCAGAAAGAAAGAUUUUGGCUUUACACUUCACAUAUUCAACUGAUAUAACACAUUUUAUCAUUGAAUUACGGCAAUUGCUGGCUGACGCUGAAAUUUUGGAUCUAAAAUUACAAAAACAGUCUAUACUAAAAAUUUUACCAACUAAAUUUUUAGAUACAUUUAGAUUAAAAAUUGUCAAUUCUCAAAAUAUUGAUGAUGUUUUUAUAAAUCUUCGAAGUUUUCUAUCCCAAUUUAAACGAGUAGUUAAGUAUGGAUCAGUAAUCACUUUACGUCAUAUCGAUUAUCGUGCAACUGGUCCAACUGAUCAUGAAUUAUGGACAAUAAUGCCAGAAGUUAUUAAAGAUGGAAUUUCUCCAACAUAUAAUCCAGUAAAUGAUGGCAACAAAAUAAAAGGUUCAGUUGUGUGUUAUGGAGACCAAAUAACACUCCUAAAUAAUGGUACUGGACAAAAAUUACACUCGCAUAAACGUACUGAAAAUUCCAACUAUCGCAAAUCCCCAGUAACCUCUCAACAGGAAGACGCUUCAGUCGCUUCUGUCUUUAGCGUAAUCAGUGUCAUAUCUGUCGUAAUCGAUCCUUCUGUAAUAUUAGUCUUAAGU